AAAAAGGCCUUGGCUUAGUGGAAUUCGAGUGACGCACUUUGUAACCGCUCUGUGGGUGGAAGCAAAAGUGCAAUAAAAGAAGUAACCACACCUGGGAGCGGUUGAUUAUGAUUACACAGUCAACUCAUCGCGGUACACAAACAAUCAUGCUGGCAAGGACUGUUUUGGUGCUUUGUUUGGCAGCUUUAGCAAGUGCAGCUGUUAUCCCUGAUGGCUCUAAAGAGCCAAAAUGCUCUGAGUACUACUUGCCCACAUAUACCCGGGAAUAUAACCCUGUGUGUGGUAACAAAUCACAAACAAAUCACAAGUGUUUGGGAAAUAUGGAGAACAAGGUCAACACAUUAAUCUCCAGGAUGGGGGAAUGCUGAUACAAAUCCACUCAUUUAUAUUAUUAAGAUGUGACAUGAAGGCUGGAACCACAUGCAGUUUUUUUUUUUUUUUUUUUUUUUUUUUGGUUUUGUCUUAAGAUAAAGUGUUUUCCCCCUGUUGUGUGUCCUUUUUAAAACAUAAUCAUUUAAUAAAACCUUGAUAUACAAGUCA